AUGGCGGCGGCGGCGGGGGCCGGAGGGGUGAACCCUUUCCUCAGCGACUCCGAGGAGUCCGACGCGGAGGAGAGGCGGCCGGGCGGGGGCAGCAGCGACCUCGGGGCCGCCGCUGCUGCCGCCGCUGCCGCUGCUGCCGCCCCGCUCCCCUCCUCGCCGCCGCCCCCUCCCCCCCUCCUGCAGGCCGAGGAGCCGCCGCGGGUGCCGGUGGACGCCGUGGCGGCGCAGCUGCUGCGCGACCAGCUGGUGCUGACGGCGCUGGAGCUGCACACGGAGCUGCUGGAGAGCGGCCGGGAGCUGCCCCGCCUGCGGGACUAUUUCUCCAACCCGGGCAACUUCGAGCGGCAGGGCGGCGGCGGCGGCGGCACCCCGGCACCCACCCCGCCAGCCUCGGCCGCCCCCGGGGCCCUGGCCGGGCCCGCAGCCGGCAAGGACGGCGGCCCCGCGCAGCUCCAUCGUGCUGGGAGCAUUAGCACGCUUGACUCUUUGGACUUCGCAAGGUACUCAGAUGAUGGAAACAGAGAGACAGAUGAACGGGUGGCUGUCCUGGAGUUUGAACUACGGAAAGCAAAGGAGACCAUUCAGGCCCUCCGAGCCAACCUGACUCAGGCUGCAGAAAAUGAAGUUCCUUUGCAGGAACGAAGAAAUUACAAAUCAAGUCCUGAAAUUCAGGAACCAAUUAAACCUCUUGAAAAAAGAGCUCUAAACUUCUUAGUCAAUGAAUUUUUAUUAAAAAAUGGUUACAAGCUUACUUCAAUAACUUUUUCAGAUGAAAAUGAUGAUCAGGAUUUUGAGUUGUGGGAUGAUGUGGGACUGAACAUUCCAAAGCCUCCAGACUUGUUACAACUCUACCGUGAUUUUGGGAACCACCAAAUAUCUGCAAAAGACGUUUUAGAUAUAGCAGUUGGCACAGAAGAAGAUGAAUUAGAAGCAACCACUCCUAUCCUGGAGAGCAUUCCCGUAUUUGGAACACCACAGUCAAUAGAGCAAUGUAUAAUGGUGCAGAAAUUGGAAGAUCAAAUUAAUGCAUUAAGCACUGAGAAAUGGUCUCUGAUGGAAGAGAUACAAAGACUUGAAAGUGAAAUAGACUACUUAAGGAAUGAAAAACCUGCUGUUCCAGUAAUAUGUGAUUUGGUCCAGUCAUCUUUAGCUCAAGUGCCUCUGACAUACCCUGAUGAUAAUGGAAGAUAUUUGGAUAUGAAGAGUUCCGCUACUGACAGUAACCAUGGGGAAACUGAACAGAAAAGGCUUUUCACAGGAGCUGAACCUGAAUCCAGAGUUCCUAAAGAUAACACUAUAAGUUACCUCCCUAAUAAGGAGAGAGAGAAAAUUCCAUCCAUUAAAGCUGCUGUACACUUUGAUAAACCCAACAGGAAGCUGUCGCCUGCAUUCCAUCAAGCAUUGCUGUCUUUCUGUCAAAUGUCAGCAGAAAGCCGCUUGGGAUCAGAGGUGUCUCGGAUUGCCGAUAGUGAGAAAAGUGUCAUGCUAAUGCUGGGGCGUUGUUUGCCUCACAUUGUUCCUAAUGUCCUGCUUGCAAAACGAGAGGAACUGAUUCCACUCAUACUGUGUACUGCUUGCCUCCAUCCUGAACCCAAAGAGAGAGAUCAGCUCCUACACAUCCUGUUCAACUUGAUCAAAAGGCCAGAUGAUGAGCAAAGGCAAAUGAUUCUGACGGGCUGUGUGGCGUUUGCGCGACAUGUUGGACCAACACGCGUAGAAGCAGAACUUUUACCGCAAUGUUGGGAGCAGAUCAACCAUAAAUAUCCAGAAAGACGGCUGUUAGUGGCAGAAGCUUGUGGAGCAUUAGCGCCUUACCUUCCUAAAGAGAUUCGUAGUUCAUUGGUACUUUCUAUGCUGCAGCAAAUGCUGAUGGAAGAUAAGGCAGAUCUGGUGCGAGAAGCUGUGAUCAAAAGCCUUGGUAUCAUCAUGGGCUACAUUGAUGAUCCAGACAAAUAUCAACAGGGUUUUGAACUACUACUCUCAGCUUUGGGUGAUCCCUCCGAACGUGUAGUUAGUGCAACUCAUCAGGUGUUCUUGCCUGCCUAUGCUGCCUGGACUACUGAACUGGAAAAUUUGCAGUCCCAUCUUAUACCUAUAUUGCUUAGUAAAAUUGAAAAACUACUCAGGGAAGGAGAGCACGGGCUGGAUGAACACAAGCUCCAUAUGUACCUUUCUGCAUUGCAGUCUUUGAUUCCUUCACUUUUUGCUCUGGUGCUACAGAAUGCGCCUUUCACCAGCAAAGCAAAGCUUCAGGGUGAAGUCCCACAGAUCGAAGUGACCAGGUUCCCAAGGCCUGUCUCACCUCUUCAGGAUGUGGCCACUAUAAUUGGAAGCCGUGAACAGCUGGCAGUUCUGUUGCAGCUCUAUGAUUACCAGCUAGAGCACGAGGGUACCACAGGCUGGGAUACCUUACUGUGGGUUGUUAAUCAGCUGUUGCCGCAGCUUAUAGAAAUAGUUGGCAAAAUUAAUGUGGCCUCAACAGCCUGCGUACAUGAAUUCUCAAGGUUCUUCUGGCGGCUCUGCAGAACAUUUGGAAAAAUCUUCACAAAUACAAAGGUCAAACCACAAUUCCAGGAAAUCUUAAGGCUCUCUGAGGAGAAUGUUGAUACUACCGCAGGAAAUGGAGUGCUAACAAAAGCCACGGUUCCUAUCUAUGCAACGGGCGUACUGACAUGCUAUAUCCAGGAAGAAGACCGUAAACUGUUGGUUGGAUUUUUAGAAGACGUCAUGACUAUGCUUUCAUUAUCACAUGCUCCUCUUGAUAGCCUCAAAGCAUCUUUUGUGGAACUGGGUGCAAACCCAGCGUACCAUGAGUUGCUGCUAACGGUAUUGUGGUAUGGAGUUGUUCAUACUUCAGCACUUGUUCGAUGUACAGCUGCUAGGAUGUUUGAGCUGUUGGUGAAGGGGGUCCAUGAAACUCUGGUAGCUCAGAGGGUGGUUCCUGCUCUCAUUACUCUCUCCAGUGACCCUGAAAUCUCUGUAAGAAUAGCAACAAUUCCUGCUUUUGGAACCAUCAUGGAAACGGUCACUCAGAGAGAGCUAUUAGAGAGAGUUAAAAUGCAGUUGGCUUCUUUUCUGGAAGAUCCGCAGUACCAAGACCAACAUUCCUUACACACAGAAAUCAUAAAGACUUUUGGAAGAGUUGGGCCAAAUGCUGAGCCAAGAUUUCGAGACGAAUUUGUCAUUCCACAUUUGCAUAAACUUGUGUUGGUUAAUAACCAGCAGUCUACGGAUUCAAAAAGACUGGACAUUGCAACACAUCUCUUUGAAGCCUACAGUGCGCUCUCCUGUUGUUUUAUUUCAGAGGAUUUAAUGGUGAGCCAUUUUUUACCUGGACUCAGGUGUUUACGAAAUGACAUGGAAACUCUUUCACAGGAACAUGAGGUUAUUUUAAGCUCGAUGAUAAAGGAGUGUGAACAGAAAGUGGAAAAUCGGGGAGUCCAAGAACCACAAGGCUCCGUGUCCAUUGCAGCGAGCCUUGUGAGUGAAGACACAAAGACCAAGUUCCUAAACAAAAUGGGCCAGUUGACCACAUCGGGGGCCAUGCUGGCUAACGUGUUCCAGAGGAAGAAGUAAAUUUGAGGAGGAAGUCCCUGUAAAACACAUGAGAGACCUCAUCGAGACCUGGUUCCUCGUACUUGAAGUACUUGCCUUUUUAUUUCCCCAUUAUACGUUCUUGUAGUAUAAUUUUACUCCAACCUACAAAGAUAUUUGCACUGCUCUUAAAUAUCGCUGUGUAUCUGUUAACUUUUGGUUAAAUGUGGUUGAUUAUAAAACUAAAUUAAGUCUGUAUCAAGUCCCUGUCCUGUGUUCUUGUCUUUCCAGCCUAAUUUAUAUAUAUAUAUUAU